AGACCAAAGCAAACAAAAUGACUGAAGAAACAGAAUCUUACCAUUCAGACAGUGAGGAUGACCAAGAGUUUGAGGAUGCUGAAGAUGUUCCAGAAGAUGUGGACAUGACCCUGGAUAGAGCCUUGAAUGAAUGUCAAGAAGCAAUCAGAUAUUUUUUCAAUAACCAAUUCAAAGAAGCCAGAAGUUUGCUGAGCCCCUACUCCCAUACAAGUAUGUAUCAUUCUCUGGGAGAAUGUGUUUUUUUAUUUAUGGAAGCAGUACUGACAUUUGAACCUGAUGCCAUAAAGGCAGCUAUCAAAUCUUUGAAGCAUGCAAUCAGUCUGUGCAAUCGACAUAGGAAAAAAAACACCAUAGGUGAGUCUUUGGGAAAAAUGGUGAGGAAAAGUAAUUUUGAACAGUAUACAGAGCUUGAGGCUCAUGCUGAACUGUGCUAUGCUGAAUGUUUACUCUUCAGAUCAAUGUUGUCUUUCAUGGAAGAUGAAAGUCUGGGUAGUUUGAUCAAAGCUGGUAUAAAAAUAAGAUCAUGUUAUAAUUCCUAUAAAGAUUGUAGACAGAUAUUGUUGAAAAGAAAGUGGGAAGUGGGCAGUACCAAAGAGCAUUUUGAAAGUGGAGUUAGAAUGGGUAUAGGAGCUUUCAGUUUGAUGAUUUCUAUGAUGCCUGCCAGAAUCAUCAAGCUGUUGGAGUUCAUAGGGUUCUCUGGAGACAGACAACAUGGCCUCAAUGAAAUAGCCAUUGGCUAUUCCAUGAAUGGUGUACGUCAAAUAAUGUGUGUGAUGAUGAUGCUGGGAUACAAUUUGUUCUUUUUCCCUGUGCUCAGCCAUAGAGAUGGAGACUUGAAGACCUGCAAAGAACUCAUGCAGACACAGCUGAGGCAGUAUCCUGAUAGUGUGUGGUUCCUUUUUUUCGAGGGUAGGAUGAACUUACUUUUAGGCAACUUGGACUCCUCUAAAGAUUGGUACAUCAAAUCCUGGCGGUCACAGAAUGUUUGGCCGCAGUUUCAUCACAUUUGUUUUUGGGAGUUGGUUUGGGUGCACUGUCUCAAAAUUGAAUGGCGGGAAGCUUUGGUUUAUUGUCAGCAGCUUUUGGAGAAAAGUAAAUGGUCUCGCAGCCUGUACAGCUAUCAGAAAGCUGUGAUUAUGUGUAUGAUCAAAGAAGAAUUGACUCAGAGUGAAUUGGAUGAGAUGAAUAAGCUUAUGAAAAAUGUGCCUAGGUAUAAACAAAGAAUAGCCGGCAAAUCACUGCCUAUGGAAAAAUUUGCCAUCAAAAAGGCUGAAAGAUAUUUCAACCAGAAUCAAAAUUUAGUGUUGCCUGUUUUUGAAAUUAUGUUUGUUUGGAAUCUUUUUAAACUUCUCAAAUAUUUUUCUGUUGCUAGUAAAAUUCUGAAAGUCAUAGAAAAGUCUCUGGAAGAUCUAGAAUCAAAAUCAACAUCCUCCAAAUAUGAUAAUGAUAACAAAGCACUUAUUUUGCUGUUGAAAGGGGCUUGUCUUAGACAUAUGGGGAGCCCUAUUCUUGCUUUAGAUUGCUUGGAAACUGUCAUUUCUAUGCAAAAGUAUCUGAUUGAAGACCAUUAUAUAGUACCUUAUGCCAUUGUAGAGCUAGCUCUGAUUGAGUGGCAAAAUGGCAAUGGAGACAAGGCUAUUUUGGCAUUGGAAGAUGCUAAAAAAAAUUACACAGGGUAUUCAUUAGAAUCUAGGCUUCAUUUUCGUAUUCACACAGCUCUUACAGAGUUCAAAGCUGAAAAUAAGAAGAUCUGAGUAACUCUUUCUCCUAGAGAUAAUAAUCUUGAAUUGAUAUUAUCAAUCUCUUUCUCCCAUUUUUUCAUUUUUAUCUCUAAAAAUCAAAUGAAAGUAAUAAAUUGAUCAAUUAGUCACACUUAUUGAGUUGAAAUUGAUUGUUUCUUUAUCUUCUCUGCUAUCUUAUUAUGAUCUGCAAACAAAUCUUAAAUCUUUCUCAAGUACCUAUAGAUACUAGAGUACUGAAAAUCAAACAAGAUAAGGAAUAACAAGUAGCUCCAUGAGUAGGUUUAAAUACCUAAUGAAUAAUUUUUAUCUUCCGUUGAUCUAGCCUUGUAGGUUCCUUCAUUGCCUGUCCGUGCAUAUUUUGAGAAGUAUAAUUCUUAUACAGGGUGUUACAAAUUCGUGGCUAAGCAUGGGGAUCUCGGUAACCUUGAGAGAUCCAAAGUAGGUCAUAUUAGGUUAGGAGGUUAGGUAAGUUGAAAUAUGGAAAAUCGUUUUUAUUUAUUACUCAGUUUAUUUGAAGAGAACAUUCAAAAUGAAUGUUACUUCAUCUUUGCAACUUUUCCUCCUCUACAAAAUGGAAUUGUCAAAUUAAGAAUCCGACGUUUCUUCUUCAAGCGGCUACCACCAACUUUUAUUUUUUUGAAUACGGACCUGGAUUUUUUAUUUAAUUUUUUCGAUAGUUUUCGAUUUUUUUGGCAUGAGGGUGUUCCAAGACAAUUCAUAAAAUGUUUACUUCAGUGAAAAAAUUGUUUAAAAAUGGUAUGCAUGUAUGUUGUUUAUUAUUUAAUGAAAUAAUACUUGAUGAUGGACACGAAAUUUAAUCAAACGAAUAAUAUCCAAUAUGAAAAAAAAAUCCGAACAAAGAGUUUUCUUUCAUAGUAAAUGCUCAAAGAUAUUUCCUCUUGCGUUUAAUUACUAAUUUGUUUUUUCUAAAUCCACAACUUGAUUUUUUUUCUGAGGCGCCAUAAAGUACACCGUUUACAAACCAUUUUAUAAACACGGCGGCUCCAUUUCCUCCAUAGAAGGACUGCUUAAACGCAAAUGGAAAGAUUUUUGAGCAUUUACUGUGGAAGAAAACUUAGUGUUUGGUAUUUUUUGGAUAUUGAUUAAAUUGUGUAUUCACGAUUCAUACAUAUUAUUUCAUUAAAUAAUAAACUAUUGCUUAAUUAUCAUUUUUGGUUUGGUAUAACUAAUAAUGUAUUUAGAAUGAGAGCAAUUCAAUUAUGUUGGAGGUACUUCGUACUGAAUAAUGUGCUAGACAAAGAGGAAAGAAUACUAGACACGUUGUGUUAGACAAAGAUGAGUAUCUCCAUACCUUUUUUUACAUUUUUUAUUGCAGUAAACAUUUUGAGUGAUGUUUUGAUACACCAUCAUAUCAAGGAGACCGAAAACUAUCGAAAAAUUAAAUAAAAAAUGCAGGUCCGUAUUUAAAAAAAUUAAGGUGAUGAUAGCCGUUCAAAUAAGAAACGUCGGAUUUCUAAUUUGACAAUUACAUUUUGUAGAGGAAGCAAAGUGGCAAUGAUGAAGUGACAUUCAUUUUGAAAUAUCUCUCCAAAUACACUGAGUAAUAAAUGAGAACGAUUUAGCAUACUUUUCUUUUUUUCCGGAUAUCUCCGGAAAUAAUUGAAAUUUUUCCAAUUCCAAAGCAGGAUUUUGUUGAGCAUGAAAUGGUGCAACUUUACCCUAAUCUAACCUACUCUGUAUCCCUUAAGGUAAAUGAGAUUCCCAAGCUUAGCCACGAAUUUUCAACGCCCUGUAGAAAUGCACAAGUCUAUCUAAUUAUAAUAUUUUCUGUUAUGGAUUGGUUGAUUAGUAUCACUGAUUUAUUUGAUCUAUUUACCGUGAUUAAAACUUACUGAGUGGUGAAUGUAAAAUUUGUGUUCAACAGUCAGGUAUCUACUCAAAAAUAAAUUGAACAAGACAAAAUACCUUCAAACCUUUCUCCCACAAUAGUCAUUUUUUUGAAAGUCUUGAAAGCUAGAGAAAUAAAUCGAGUUUGGGUCAGUUUUGUAAGUAAAAAAUUACCAUUUAAUUUUAAUUUUGUACACAUAAAAAAUGGGGAGAAAUGAGAUAAUUAGAAUCCAUAGUUUCAUUGUAGGCAUAAAAUGUCAAUAAAUUUAUAAAUACAGUACGGUUCAGGAAAACUAAUUUUUACUGGAAGUUGAUUUUUUUUGUCUGUUAUAUUCGAUGAUGGGUGAGAUUUUCAACCAUAGUUAAAAGAACAGCAUAUUUUACAAUGCACUAUAUGACUAUACAUACUAUAUAUAAUAUGUUUGUUAAUGUAUAUACCUUUUUGAAAUCAUGCAUGAAAUUAUAGUUAUACAAGGUAUACUGCUUCAAUUUUUCUGAGGAUAUAUAGCUGAAUUGAUUAGCAGUGAAUUUGUUGGUACUUUCGCUUUUAUAAAAGAUGCAACAUUGUAAAAGUAAAUAAACUAGCAGUAGUUUUGAGAUAAAAACAAUUAUCAUCGCGUUUUCCAAUUUGUUUACAUAAUAAUCCGGUUUUGCAAUUUUUAACACCCUUUUAUGUAUUUAUCAACACACUUUUAUUAUUUUAUUCCCUAUACUUCUUUUUAGUUUGCCUAUCUAUAAAUGUGUGUUUGUUUAGAUUUUUGAACUACUAUUUAUUUCAUUUUGAAUUUCAACUUUUAGAUAAAAAGUACAUAAGGAAUUUUCUUCUUUUCAAACAUACAGAUAGCUUUCGUGAUUCAAACAAAUUUGGAUCUCUAAUAAUAACGACAAAUAGAAUCCACCAUUGUCAAAUGUGGUAUCAUAAAUGAACACAUUUACUGCAAAUCAGCUCAGCUAUACUCCUCAAAUUUACUAUGAUUUCUCAUUCGUGAUCUGAUAGACUUCACUUGGAAUUAAUUAUGCAUCACUGAAAUUUUUUGAAGGCUGUGUUGUUUUUAUGUAAUAUUAAUGUUAACCCAACUAUUAUGUUUGUCUGAAGUCAGUUAAUCUUUGUUAUUAUAAAAUAUGUACGUAUAAUAUAUGAUUGUUUCGU